AUGGUUCACAUCUCUUCGUUUUUAGGUCCCGCCAAUCGGGCGCCCCAACUGCCUCCCCACGACUUGAAGCACAAUAGCUGCCACGAACCCAUCGUGCCUGUGGUGAAGCGGUCCGUAUCACCAGGACCGUCGAGCCUGACGGCUGCUGCUGCUGCUGCCGCUGCCGCUCCUCCUUCUGUCCGGGGCAUCUCGCGGCCUGCCUCUCCCGGUCGACUGUCGCUCCCAACCCUUGCUCGAUAUCAUUCCACCGCCGGCUCGCACCCUGCUUCCCCGGAAAAUAGGAGGACUGAAAGUCGUUUGAGCAGUGCAUACUACACCGCCGCUUGGGGUUCUCCGUAUGCUACGCCCAGUCCUAGGCGGCUGUCUUCUUCGAUAAGAAGCCGUCACGGCAUUGCUGACUUUGCAUUGGAUGCUUCUCCUGCCCACUCCAUGCUGAGUGGCCAGUCUGUCCCGUCGCAGAGGGAUCAUUCUAAUUUGCAAGACACUGGAGCGGCAUCAUCGAACGUUUCGCAGCACCUUUACGGUCCGCUUGGCCGACGAUUGGAGAAAGAUCAUCUCGUGCGGCAGGGCGGGAAAUCGAUCAAAGACUUCACCCAAGAUUGGAUCAAUCAAUAUCUUACCGGCCAAUCACGUUCCGAGCGAACGAAUUGGCUGAGCGACGAUUCGGGUGACGAUUUUGCUUCGUACCUGACUGCUAAAAACCACUUAAGUGAAUCUGAAGGCUGGUUGGGCCUCGACGACGAUCCAUUGGAAGAAGAUCCUUUGAAAACGCCGACAGCCGCUUCUUCAUUUGGACGAAAACUCAAGGAACGGGCUGGUAGGCUUGAACUGCCGAGGCUUCAAGCAAGGCAUCUCAAAACAAAUAGUACGGCUACGGUGAAACAAGCCGAUUUCUGGGAUUUCGGCUACGACCAAGACGCAAUUCCUACCACGAUUCCCAAUUCUGCGACUGGCACUGAGCACAUGGUUCGAGCGCCAGGUCUAUCAAUAUCCGGUGUAGAAAAACCACUCCCUCCUCCGCCAGAUAUGGAUGCGGUGCCUGUAAGCCCAGCGCCAGCGCCGAAUCCGAAGCCUGCGCCUACUAGUAGAAGCACGCCUCAAAGAACCAAAAAGCGGGUGGCAUGGCGCGGAAAACAAUGUGUAAUUGCGCUACCUAUUCAUGACGUCCGCGGCUCAAUCGAACACACAGGGCCUUUACUGACACCUGCCGACGUGGAGUUACGCCUUAAAAAAUGGGAAGCGGAAGGUUAUAAUGUUCGAACGCUUGGUGUGGACGUCUCGCAAAGCCGUCCUGCCUUCCCUGAUACCACUGAAUUUCAAAGGGGACCCGAACAGAAAAACUAUGCAGUUCGGUUUCCUAACAAAGCAGAAUGGGAUUCCUAUGUAAAUUUUUUGAACGAGGAGAAGCUCAGAGCUCUUGGAGUCUCUCUUGGAGGCAACGACGUAUCGCCUGCUCCAGUGAGCCAGACUCCGACUCAGUUCUUUGGGAAUACUGUUUCUCCCCCUCUUCCCACUUCUUCAGCAGCGAGUAAUCAUCUUAAUAUGACGGGAAAUCCCCUGGCUGCGAUCCUUGCGCAGACAUCGAAGACUCUUACCUCCUCAUCUCCCUUCGGUUAUCCUGCUAGUUCUCCAUUUCCCAGUGGACCUGCGUCGUUUUCAAACGAGCCAGGAUAUCCAUUUUUAUCCUAUCAGACACCAGCGGCGACUACACAGGGUACUCUUACACCUCAAAAUGUGUACGGUCUUCAGCCUAGUGUUAUAUCACCUGCGGGCGGUGCAACUUUGCCGAAUUUUGGUUCGUUAUUGCAGCCUGUAUCCCCACUGACUCCGGAUGAUUCGAAGCAAUUCUCAACGGGCAUCAAUGUUCAUGCGAUGAGUCACGGCUUCAAUACUCAUCAUCACCAAACAACGCAACUAGAUGAGACAGGCAAUAUGCUUUCACCUCCUGUAGAAAAUCGUGCUUUGGUAGUUGAAGGGAAUUCAGAAACAAUGGUGUCGUCCUCUGGGCCUGAGAUAGCACAUCCAACUCCAAGAGGCCAUCGUCAUAACCUGAGCGAAACUCUUCAGAGAGGUGUCGAACGGGCAGAUUUCCAGCUGGAGAGUUCUAUAAGGAUGCAGUCUGGAGAUCACAACAUUGUCCAACCCCACAACGACUUGAUGCAGUCGCGAUGGGCGGUACAUAAUGAUGCUAUUCAAAAAGCCUUCAUUUCCCCCGUACAAAACAACCAGCAGCCACAUUCCCUUCCGCAACAAUUUUUUGGCGACCAGCUUCAUGAAGAUGGCCAGCUUGAUGGUUCCGAAAUUGAUACAAAUCCGAGCCUGAUGGGGACUCCAACCAAUGAAAGCAUGCACCACCAUAAUUUCAGCACGUCUAAUCACCACUCUAGCAGUACAGGCACAUUUAUUCCAAGUCAUCAAGCGAAGGCCUCUAUGUCGAACCUCAACAUUGGUGCCAAGGCGUUUGAUCCAACAGCCUCUUUCUCACCCACCAAUUUUUCCUUCGUGGCCAAUAAUUUCCAGCCAGGGUCUAACAGGAAUAAUUCGGUGUUCAGCCCUAUCUCACAACAUAGCGCGAAGUCGGGUAAUUUCCAUGUAAACUCGCCAUCUUUGGCUGGGCAAUCAACUCGGGGAUCGAUUUCUAGUCGGUUCAAAUUCUCAGCAGCCUCAUUCAAUGUAGAGGCUCCUGUGUUCAACCCAGGCAAGAGUAUACAUAUUAACAGUGAUGUCCGAGAUGUAUCGGUAGGAGAUGAACAGAAGAUCUUUGGUAGUCUUGAUUCGUCAGUAAUCGUGCCGCCUGCCAAAAAGUCAAAGGCAAUACCAAUCGUACGACCUGAAGAGCAGCUAAAAGGGGACGAGAAGAACAACGACAUUCUCGAAGAUGAGGCCGGUCGCACAGGGAAACAAGGUCGUGAGAAACGUGUUCGAAGAUCUCAACGAGAUGACGAUCAAGAAGUAUCUUUGCCUGAUCUAGCAGAUAUCCCAGCUAGUGCUAAACAAAAUUUGCCCACGGUCGAUUUAACUCAACUUUCCGACAACGAAGCCCAUAAUUUUAUUCCGCUUGGAAUAUCAAUUGACGAUGAACUUGAAGCAGAAACAGAAAGAUCUACUCAUACGACGAUUAGUGAAUCUACCACUUGGAAACCAUUUGAAUUCAAAAACGAGGAGGAUGCUGCGGCUUUCCAUGCUGCACUUCCACUUGGCCCCUCUUUUGCCUACGGAAACGAUAAGUCUCCGUUAGAUGAACGCCGGGUGUCGGCUGAUCAGAAUAUGGAAGAUGUUAUCGCCACAGUGGCUGAAAAUGGCCAAAAAGCUACCUCUCAGAAUGUUGUUGAGGACACCCCACUGGCAUUCUCAAACCUAGAGCCAACCGCAGCUCUUUUUGAGUUCCAGCCUGCUACAGCCGACUCUCCAGUAUCGGCCAUAUCUGAGCUUCGUCCUUCAGAACGAGAGAAGGUAGUUGGCUUAGAAGGCUCCAAAUAUAUUGCGCCAAGUCCUCCCAUUUCUCCUAUCACCAGAGAGACUUCGCUUACUCCCGAAGAACAGGAAGUUCAAGUGAACGCCGGCAGUUUCGACGACGAGGUGGAGUAUAAUUCCUCCGACGAGCAAGAAAUUGACGCUGUAAUGCGACAGCUCAACGAGGAUGAUUCUGAUCUUGGUGUUGAGAGAACCGAGCCUUCGUUCCUUCAGCAUUCGGUAGAAAAUAGAAAUUUCUCCGAGCGCCAAUAUGAUACACCUGAGCUUAGUGCACCAAGUUUAGUUCGCAGUGAUGCUCCCAGCCCAAGUGCUCAUGGCGGUCAAUUUGCACAAGUGAAUCUGCCAAAACUAAAAACAAGCCUGACUGCAUCUUCACACGCCAUGUUCGCUCCUCAACAUAGUUCUAACCUUGGAUAUAAAUCUCCCAUCCGCCAAUUGAACAACCCUGACAUUGACCACAUCAGUGAAUGGGAUGAUGCAAUCUCAUCCGCCCAAGAUGAGGAAUUCCAGCAAAGAGCACGCUUCUUUGAUACACACGUUGAUGAAGUUAUUGGAGCAGUAUUAGAUGAUCGUCUUGUUCCUUUAGAAAGAAUGUUGGACACAAUUGAGAAUUCAAUUGCUUUGCUUGCAGCGCAAACAAUGUCCAAAGGUACACCUGCUGAUGUAGAGCAUAGUGAUGCUGAUGACGAGGACGAAGAUGACGAAGAUGCCGCAAAACACAGAUCCCGGUCCCCUCUGAAGAAGCAAAAUCGACUGAUCGAGAAGAUCAAGCAGGCAGUUGUGGAUAGUUUGGUGGCAAGUAGGGCUCGAGAGGAGGCUCCUCUGCGAAGGGAUUUCUCUGAAAUUCAAGAGUCACUAUCGGAGCUGAGAACUUUCACAGCCCAGUCGGCUGCUCGAGAUGUACCCCCUGUCGACUUUUCUGAGGUCCACGCUUCUCUUUCAGUGUUAAAGACGCUAGUCACAGCAAAGUCGGGCGAGGAUGAAAACAGUAAAAUGAAGGCUGACAUCGUGGACUCAAUUGUGAAUCACCCAAAACUCACUGCCUUGAUUGGUGCGUCAAAUUCUGUUAAAGACGCAGAGAAGCUCGAAAUGCAGCUAGAAGGACUUCAAAACAUGUUGCGCCUUGCGGAGGAGCGGUCUGAUGAAGAGUACAAUAACCGCAGAAGAGUGCAGGACUCUCUAUCUGACACUCAAAGGCAUCUGCAAGCUGCUGAAGAGGAUGUCGCCAAAUACAAGCUCGCUGCCGAGGCUGCUGAGCAAGCAUUAGAAAACUUCAAGGGACAGAAAUUGCCCGAGCUUGACCGAUUAGAAAAACAAUCAGUAUUGCUUAAUGAAAAUCAAGAAAGUCUCCAACUGACGCUUUCAGAACUCUCCCAGAAAAAUAUCACUCUUCAGGGCACCCUAGACGAAUAUAGAGAAACCGGGGAUCAUUUACGUUCUCACCUCGAAGAAGUCAAGUCUGAAAACAAGGCACUUUGCCAAACCAUCAGUGUGUUGAAAGCUCAAAUGGAAGAUGGGCUACAUUCCCGGAAAAAUCUGCGAGGGAAGUUUGAAAAACUUCAGGAGGAUAUGGCGACCGCAACAAGAGACAUCGCCCGCGACCAAUCAUCUUGGAGGAAGAGGGAGGAGCAACAGAACAUUGAGUACAAUAUUCUCAAAGCUCAGCUCGAGGAUGAAGUUAAACGUCGCCAGAAGUUGGAACUCCAUGUUGGCGAUCUAGAACAGAAGGAGAGGGAGGCCACAAAACUGCGGUUUAUUCUUGGCCAAUCCCAGGAAGAGAACGCAAGAUUGGAGGAGUUGCUAAUAAUGGUGCGACAGGAGAGCCAUGACUAUCAAAGUAAAGCUGCCCGGUAUGAGCAAGAAUUCAUCGAGGCGCGUAAUAGCAGCUGUAUCGAAAUCCAGAGAGUGAGAACCUCAAUGGAAGCGGACUUAGACAACGCAAAUCACCAGGUCAACUUUGUUCGUGCUGAGCUAGAAAACCAAAUUAACAAUAUUGAAAAUCAGCUAGAGAGCACAAAGAUGGAUGCUGAUACUGCGAAGGCAAAGCAUGAGCUUAUGCUAGAAGAAGCUAGAGAUUCCAAGAUAGCUGCACUUCGAGAAGCUGCAGAAUCCAAGGAGCUGGCUCUUCAGGAACAGCGUCUUGUGCACGAACGCACGUUGAAUGACCUUCGAGAACGACAUGCUCGAGCUCUGCAUAAUAGUUCAGAAGAUCGACAGCGCGAAGAGUCUCACUACAUGGAGCUUCUUGCUCUCCGAGAUGAAAAGAUUGACCACUUCCAUGACAAAGUUGCUCUGCUAGAAGAGAGACUCGAGAUCGCCAAGACAGCUGCCCGCACAGCUGCACAAGCUGCGCAGGACGCAAAGGCAGCGCAUACCGUGUCUCCCAGUCAGGUUUUCUCGCCAUCAAUGAGGGUCUCUAAAGGCAGCAAUAUUCCUGAAAAGAUUUCACCCCAAGCACUGCGCGAAUCUAUUAUGGUGUUGCAGGAUCAGUUGCAGCAGCGUGAAGGCCGUAUUGAAGAGCUUGAGCAUGAACUCUCACUUGUCGAUAAGGAUGCCCCAAUGAAAAUCAAAGAAAAGGAGACAGAGAUUACCUGGCUUCGCGAGCUACUCCAUGUUCGCUUGGAUGACUUACAAGAUAUCAUCCAUGUGCUCUCACAAUCAUCAUUCAACCAAAGUGCUGUGCGCGAUGCUGCCAUUCGCUUAAAAGCAAAUUUGCAAAUGCAGCAGCAAGAAAAAGAACGAAUCAUGACCGGUAGCACUCAAACCUUCCCUUCUCUUGCUAGUAUCUCAAGCCUUGCUGCCUCACCUCGUGCGCUACCACUUGCUGCUGCUGCCGCAUGGGGGAACUGGCGUAAAGCAAGGGAGACAAAUGUUACCGAUAGCGGGCCGAACAGCGCUGAUCACACGCCUUCUAAGACGUCGACCUCUCAAACGUUCCUAUCCGGCCUUUUGACUCCUCCGAAUUCGAACACGCGGCAAUUGCCGUUGAACCGAUCUGCUCCUCCCCAGAGUCGGGUGUCCUCUGACAGCCGCCCAUUAAGGUCUUCUGGCCGAAGUCUCCACAGACCAUCAACAUUGCAACCCAGCCAAGCAAACCGUCAAAUGGCGGAACCGCCGCGGACACCGCCACUUUUGCAAACAUCAAGCUAUGACCACGACGCAGAGUCCGCUGGUUUUGAUGAUGCAUAUGACAAUGAGAGCAUCCUUGGCGGCAUUUUAACCCAAAACCCUGAUGUGGCAGCAGACGAUGGCCCAUUUGGCCCGGCGAUCUAA